AUGUCAUUUGUCUUGAAUACACUCAUAGCACCAAAUGACAUUGUUGGUAUCGUCUACGCAAAGCUGGUUGGAAACACUGAGUUUUUAGUCGUUGGCAAAUCAAGUUGUAUUGAGAUAUAUUCCUUGCAAGGUGAUCAACUAAAGCUGGAGAGAGCUAUAGAUCUGUAUGAUAAUGUUUCAGAUAUUACAACAAUCAAGUUAUUCAAGUCUCAAAAUGUGUUCUUAGUUGUUACUACAGGUUCAAGCAAGGUUUUUGUCAUUGGGUUUGAGACAUUACAGAAAGAGGUCUUGUUGGAGGUUUUUGAUUUGAAUACUGAUGGUCAUGAUGGUACAUUUUCAAUUCAAUCCAACACUCUGGUGGUGAAUCAAAGGGACUCUUUGGUAGGGUACUUUACAUUAGAAGGCAUGGCGUGGUUUCAUGAGAUUGAUGAAAGGAUUUCGGAGAUGGAGCUACAAGAAUUUAUACAACUGAAGAAAAAGAAGAAGAAAUCAUUAUUUAAAAAGCCAUUAGUAAUGUCAUUCCCCAAAAAUGGAAGAGAAGCAAGGACACCAAUGAUAGUUGAGAAAUUGAGUACAUAUGAUGAUGGAGACGAACCAUUUAUAUUAGUUCUAUACAGAGAUGAUCUAUUUAACUACUAUUUGAAAACUUUUAUCAAGAAGGAGAAUUCCUUGUUAUUUCUGUCAAACCUUCAACUGGAAGAAGAGAUCAAACCAAUUUUGUUGAGCAGCACCAUUGGAUGCUUUGUGUUUGGUAAAUCUGGGAUAUAUUUAAAAACAGCUCCAUAUUACAAUGCUGUUUCUCUAUCCACAGUGCUUGAUGCAGUUGAAGAUACAUCAUUGGUCAUCGACCACAACCAUUCAAAGCAGUGUUGUCUGAAAAAAAUGCUCCCAAAAGGUCAUAGUUGGAAUACCACUGCGGCUGUUUUUUUUGAAGGGAGUGAUUCUGGUUCAAUCAAGUUGGUGUUCAUGUCCAACACGAAUGAACUUUUCGUUUCUGAAUUGCAAACGGAUCUGGAUCCUAUUAAAGGUGAGCUUGUAAUUAAUUGUUGGAAAGUUGAUAAAUAUGCUGGUGACUUAGACUCCUCCAAGAUCAUUACGCAGAUGUGCUCUGAUGUUUUUGCCUUGCACGGUCCAACUUCUUUUAGAGUUAUCAGGCUAGACAUAAAGAGAAAAUCUUUUAAAGAUCUUGAUAGGAAAAAGUAUAUUUCUCCAAUUCUUGAUUUCAACAUCUCUGGAACAGCAUUACCAAAGAUUCAAGUUUGCGGAGGAAGUGGAUUAGGAUCUGGUUACAUCAAUACGGAGUUUAAAGGAUAUAAUGCUAAGCUCAGUAAAAUUGGAAGGAAAUUGCCAAUAGAAACUGGUGUGCUGAAUCUAUGGAUUUUUGAUGACCACUUUGUUUUCAAUUUAUUUGACGCUGUUCGAAUUUUCAAACUGGAUCAAACUGGUUUCACGGAGGUUGAUGAUUUCCAUGGUUUGAAAGAAGUUGAUGGGAAUCUUUUAGAUUUGUCUUUAUUUCAUAAUGAGUUGCUGAUUGUUACAGAACGGGGUGUGUUUAUUAACGGAAAAACUAGGUUCAACAGUGAUAUUAGUUUGGGUCAUGUUGACAAGACUGGUAAUAUAACCUUUGUUUCAGGUAACACAUUGAUACACAAAAAUGAUAAACAUUUAAUAUCCGAUGAUGCAUCAACAAUAUAUGCACUGAAACUGAACAAAGAAACCCAUAUAAUGGUCGGUAAUUGGGAUGGAUCAGUUUUACUGUUCGUUAAUGGGAAGAAAAAGAUUCUUAGAAAAUCUCUGUUUGCAGUCAAUUCUGUUUUGAUCAAAAAGAUUGGCAACUCCGUAUGCUAUAUAACAGGUGACGCAUCUGGUACCAUUGGAAUUAGCGUGGGUACCUCAACUGUUGACCUUAACAUAGGUGAUGCCCCUGUAACUUUGGUUGAUUACACAGAGUUUUCGUUUCUUGCCUACAAUGCUGAAAAUGUGGUGAAGAUAGAGCUUGAUGAGAUUGGAAACAUUGUAAAUCGGGGCUAUUUGAACAUUGGAGCUCCAUAUUUUAUCAAAUACCAUUCCAUUGAUCAAAAACUAAUUUGUUUUGAAAAUGGUUACUUGAAGGAGAUAGUUGUGAGCAAUAAUGAACUCAGUAUAUUGACAAAUGAAACGUCGUUUCCCAAAUUAGUUAGAAGAGCUGUCAAGUUUAAAAACUUUCUUCAUUUGAGUUUGUUUGCAUUGACCGGUUUCAGUUAUGAUAAGGUCAAGGGCCGAGAGGUUUGGAAUUCAGAGUUACAUGUUAUUGACAAUAAUAAUUUUGAAACCAAAUUUGUUCAUAAAUUUGAUCCUGGGAUUGAAAUCACCGAUGUUGUUAACACUCAAUAUCACAAAGAACUUAUUGAUACAUAUGAAGAGGAGAACAUUGGACUGGGUAUGGAGAACGUGUUAUCACAGUGUUUUGUUGUGUCGUGUGCUUACGGCUCUCAAGAUGAACAUGGUCCACCGUUGAUGUUAUUUUCAAUUGACGAGCUUGGUCAUUUACAAUACCAAUGCUCUUGUCCCAACAUCAAUGUCACAUUUCAAAGCUUAACAAACCAUGCUAAUAGAAUGAUUAUAGCCUCUGGUGAUUCUGUGAUUGCUUACAAAAUUGAAUAUUCUAUUGCUGAUUCUAAGUUUUCAUUGAAGAGAGUUUCUGAUUCUUAUCGCACUCGAUAUUUCACUUCUCAUAUUGAGUCUGUUGGUCCAGACAUCAUUGUUGGUGAUUUAUUAAAGGGAAUAUCGAGGCUUGAAAUGAAGGUCAAGAAAGAUAUAGUUGGUGAUGAUGAUUCAAUUUUUAAAUUUGAAGAAAGCUCUAAGGAAAUGGAAAACAUCCAUUUUUUGACUGCGUUGGAGACAUUUGAAAAUACUGUUGUUACUGCAGAUUCAUUGAAAAAUAUAAAGGUUCAUUAUUUAUCGGAGGAUUCUAGUAUUGUUGUCUCACAAUUCAAUAUUGACGAUCAGAUCAAUGUUAUCAGAAAAAUUGGCAAUAACAGUUUGAAUAGGGAGACAUUUUCACAAUUAUUCAAUGGUAAUAUUGAAGUAAACGGUCUUGAAGAUAUAGUGAAUCUUUUUGUCUUGGGGUCUGUGAAUGGUGGGUUUUAUAUUUUGAGUUUGAUAACUGCAAGUGAUGUGAACACAAUAUUAGAAAAAUCACAAGAGACUAUUGUUAGAGAAUUGAAACCUAUUUUAUCCACAGAGCAAGAUGAAGAAACGAAAUUGGCUUCAUUUAUUGCCUUUAAAUCGGUGAAAGGGUCUAAAAAGUGUUAUGAUAAAGCUCCGUUUGGUUUUAUUGAUGGUGAUUUAAUAAAGAGGUAUGAUAAGGGUCUUGGAGGUGAAAUCAUAUCAUCAAAAUGUGUAUUACUUUAG